UUCAACUACGUUAACAAGUUGCUGCAUAAAAAAGUGUCACCAUCACCAAGUAUCAGCUUGAAAAUGUUACCUUUAUUGUUAUGUCUUUUUUUGAUGAUUAUUUCUGGUAAUUCAGCGUCAAUUACUUCAUUGAUGGACUUACCGUUGAAUCUACCAAGGGGUAAUUACAUUAUUCAUGCAACGUUAAAAGACUUGGGCAAUGGAGAUAGAUACUUUAUGCAAGAGUUUAUUUCAUCGACAUCAACAAUUAACGGAAUGAUUGUAGUUGAUUCACCUAAAAAUACAUUCAAUGUUUAUUACAAUAUGAAGGACGGAAACGGGAAGGACAGUUAUGAGCGUCAAGUGAUUAUGGGUAUCGAUUGUACAUUAUACAAAUUGUCGAGCUCUCAACUCUUACCUGGGAUCAAUAAGCGACUGACGAGUUUGUUAGUAGCCAUGGGACCAUCGAUACUUUAUCGUCUCGGACAUAAUUCACUAAUUUGGGAAAAGAGUGCGGAUAAAAAUGUGAGAGGCACAAUGAUGAAAAGUUUCAAAACCAAUAUCAACUAUAAAUUGAAUAUCACUUAUUAUUACAAAUCUAACUUGGAUAAAGAAUCAGGUCUACAAGCACCGAGUCGAAUUGCUUUCAGUGGGAGUAACCCAUCUGAAGCAUAUUCAACGAAAGAAAAUCUAAUUUUGGAUAUUUACUUACAAGAGAUGGACGCGACUAAAGAUUUAUCGAAAAUUGUCAACCCACUUCCAGGACUCGGUUGUUCAGCUUAUUAUGAAGAUACUUUACCUCUUCCGAUGUUGGAUUUCUAUUAUGUCCAUUUCAUACUUUCGGAAACAAUUACUGGUCCAACAACUACUAAAAGUAUCAGCGAGAUACAUGCUGAUGGUAAGCUCAAAUUGAUGCGUUUGAAAACAUCACUUCUUGGCAUUGAAACGGAAGCUCUUUAUGACUAUUCACUUGGAAUAGUUAAUAUAUUUCAAGAUGGCGGAUCUUGUAACAUCAUGUUAGCUGAAAAAACAUCACCUGGUAUUGAUCAAUCCACUGGUCAAUUUAGUUUGAUAACAUUGUUUAUGUUGGAAGGACAUUACAAGUAUUUAGGUGAAAUGUACCUUGAAUAUCGACCUGGAUUCGUGGUGAAAGCAUGGGAAUCAAUCCAGUAUGAUACUAUUACUAAUAACGACAAAUACGAUAAGGUUGUGGUUACUCAAUAUUUCACUGAAACUACCGAUAAUAGAGCUUUUAGUGGAUACACGCUUGUUGCAACGAUAAUUAACUGUUACAAAUUAGAUGCCAAGAAAGAAAAGUAUCAACUUGUUGAAGUUAUUCAGAGAGAUUACUUGGAUUUCCGCGUUACAGAUUCUGAAUCCGAAUUUCAUGAUAAGUUUUCAUUAGCUGGAUGUAAAUAUUUCUCUGGUGAAAAGACGCUUACCUUUCAACUAGGAUGUCAAACACCGAAUUGUAUGAAGCUCGCUGAAGAUAAUGUGUACACGUUGACAGACCACUUCAGAGAUUCACUGCUCUACGGAUAUGACCUUAGUCCAUUAAGACUACUUGAAGUGGAUGUUACUUUCAGUACUUCGACGAUUGAUAUCAGAAUCGAUUUUCUUGAAGCACCAAAUCUACUAGAUGUAUUUUCACCCAGAACAUAUUUUGUUAGCGAUGAUACUUUGAAGUCACUGUCACGUACUGCCAAAACUGCAGGAGAAAUUGACUGUCUAAGCAGAUUAUCAACUGAUUAUUCUGAUUUCGAUAUCGUUCUCUUCUGUCCAACGAAUAAUAUUUGUGGUACCAUGAAAGGAAUCGAAAAUGUCAAAGAAGAUGCUGACAAAGGUCAAGUCUGUCAAGUGUUCCAAAUACCAUUGCACAAUUUAAAUCGAAUGAUCCGGGAAAUCUCAAACAAAGAUCUUCAAUCCCGUUUACUUCGAGACACAGCGUACAAAAAAAUCUCUUUGACUGAUAAAUCUUGGAGUAGGUCUUAUAUCGAACUUUUUGUCUUAAUUUCUAACCAUUUUCCUUUUUCUUCAGCUUCAAUCAAUUACAAAGUAAUUGAUAUUUUGGAUGAAACUCGAGACAAAACUGACCAUUCAAACGAUCUGUUUUACCUUUCUCAUUCUGGAGAGAAAUUAAAAGCUGAAGAUCCAAAUGUUGUUGUUGUGGCAAAUGUGAAGACAUUUGCCGACUGUUAUCGAAAUUGUAAAAACUCAGAUGAAUUAGAAUGUCGAACUUUCUCUUAUUGUUCUGGAGAGAAGACAAGUGAAUGUGCAGUGACGAAUAUGACCUCCGAAAAAGCUCCAAUUGAUCUGACCAAGAGUGACUCAAACUGCGCAGUUUAUACCAAAAACAAUUUACUCGAUUACUCAGUGAUCAGAAAUCGUCAAUUCAAAUCACCAUCUUCGAUCCCACUAGAAUUGUUUGUCGAUCAAUGUGCAGCAGAAUGUAGUUCAGAUGAAAACUGUGUCUCAUUCCAAAGUUGUGGCUCAACUUGUACCAUGGGUGGAUUUUAUACAGAUUCGAGUACCGAAUAUGAUUCUGAAUGCGAAAUUUACAUUCCCAAAGUUUCGAAUAUGUAUCAGGCCACAGGAAGAAAACUUGUAUCGGAAACUUUUCACGUCGAAUUCAAUUUAAAUUAUGAUCAAUGUGCCGCUUUAUGUUACAGUUGGACUGAUGAUUCGGACUCUUGUCAAUCGUUCAACUUCUGUCCAUCAGGUCGAUCGACAAGUACUUGUUCAUUGUCGAAAUACUCAGUCAAAGAUUCAAAGACUGCAACCACAGAUGCAACGAGUUGUUACAAUUACGAACUAGUUAAAAGCUCGAAUACGAAAAAACAAUCAACUUCCAUGGUAAAAAAAGGUACCAGCGGAUCAGCAGCAUUUGGAAUAAUUUUGAUCUUCAUAGCCACUGGUUUCUUAUUCGGCAUUGGACUUCCAAUUGCGUAUUUGAAGAUAAAAAAUCGAAGUACUCAAAGUUCAAGUAAUGGCCAAAGUUUCACUUGGACUCGACAAGUAGACGAUGAACAGCCAGAAGCUAAUUGAAUCUCCAUCCAAAAAGGCAAUUGGUAGUUUCAACUUGAUCUAAAUCAAUAAUUAAUGUAACUCUUAAAAUUACAAUUGAAAAAAUUAAGUAAAUUAAAUAUUAUUUUUACCAUAAAUAUUCAUUGAUAAUCGCUGAAUAAACUCCAUUGCUAUUGAUAA